UUAGCGGCCAUUGCGCUCCAAAAUCCGAAGUCCCCAGGAGGGGGGCUGCAUGUUGCUGGCUCGUCCGACUAGCCGGGCACGCCUUGAUGGUGGCUAGAGAGCCCAGCAAACAGCCAUGAGUGGCUCCGACGAGUACUACCGCGUGCUCGAAGUGCCGCGAGAUGCGACGCAGGACGACAUUCGACGCGCCUACCGGCGGCUGGCACUCAAGUGGCACCCGGACAAGAACCCCACCAACAAGGAAGAGGCCGAGCGCCACUUCAAGGCCAUCGCCGAAGCGUACGAGGUGCUCUCGGACGAGACUAAGCGGCGUCAAUACGACCUGUACGGCCCUAGCGGCUACGACACCAGCCAACAGAGCAACGGCGGCGGCCGAAACACCGGUGGCGGCUUGUUCGCCACCGCAUUCCGCGACCCCGAGGAACUGUUCCGCGAGUUCUUCGGCACGGCAGACCCGUUCGAGGAGCUGUUCCGCGCCGUCCGUCACGGUAGCACCAGCGCGCCGGCCCACCAGAGUCCGCGCCAGUCUCCUCCGCGCCCUGCGGCAGCCAGCGGUCCUGGAACGGGCCCGGUACUGACGGGCAGAGGCUUUUCGCCUCCUUUCCGCCAGCAGCAGCAGGGUGGCAUGGAUUCCAGCAGAAUCCUUCGCCCUGGCGGUUUCUUCUUCGACCUCGACGACAUGCUCUUCGGCGGCUGCGGCACGGUGCCCAGCGGACCUUGCGGCCUCGGGUUCACGUCGCCUGGCGGCUUCACGGGAAUGCCGACCGAGCAGAUGAGCUCGGUGCGCUACAUGAACGGCAAGCGCUGCGAGACGCGCAGCAUCGUCCAGGACGGCGUCAGAACGGUGAUGUGCUUCGAGGACGGCCGCUUGGUGUCGCGCACAGUUAACGGCGUGCCGCAGGAGGUGCCCAAGCCCACCGAAGACACCGGCAAGGACGACUCGCUGCAAGCGGGCCAAAGCGGGCGCAAGGUCAGCGAUAGCCUGUCCGUGCCGCACUCGGGCGAAGGCCCCGCCCGUCGCAGCAAGAGCAGGACCGCGAGUGCAGCUGGCGGCGUGGGCGAGGUGAGUCCCAAGUAUAGGCCCGUGCACGUGCACAAGGGGCCUCCGACGCGCCAGUCGAGCAAGGCACACAAAAGCCGCAGCCGCAACGCGUCCAAGGGCGCGAUGAAGGCGCUCCGCAGAGAAGGCAGCGAUACGGCUUCACUGAACAGCACCACCGCUGGCACCGCUAACCCACAGCCCUCGCCGAGUCAACCGCCACCGAUGGCAACACAACAGAACGCUGCUGUUAUUCAGACGGCCGUCAAGCGCAAGCCGUCUAAAACCGGGAAGUAACCAAGCUCGUCGCCUUUGCCGCGGAAAAAAAUUCUCG